AUGGCGCAGCUUCUCCAGGUGGUGAAGCUUGAGGGCAAGCUGAUGUGGGAAUGGUGGGAAUUUUUUGCCAUCUGCUCGACCUGUUACUGCCUGUGUGACGACGACACCUACUCGGCUCGCUACUUCAGCCUGCUGCCCGCAACGGCCGACGUCGCCCACAACAAGAUCGUCACAGGGGUCAGGUUCGUCAAACUGAACAACGUGUUCUACAUCCAGCUGGAGCAGGCUAAGGCCGCUCCGGAGGGGGGCGUCUUCUCGUCCACCGUCCAGUGGCAGCCGAUCGCGCGGCGCAUCGACACCGACCGCGACGAGGAAGAUCGCGACUACGUCCGACUCUCCUACUACCAGCGCAGCGUGCUGAUGCAGGAGCUACGAGGACAGGAGAACCAGGUGCUGACCGGCGCGGCCUUCCACAUGGUCAGCGGCCAUCUGACCGUCCGCGCUCAGGUGACCAGCAUCUCUGAGACGGGCGCGCUCCAGACCUCCUCCAGCAGAUGGCUGGAGGGCCGUCGUCCGGCCGCCGGCGUGCCCCCGCUCAACCUCUCAGAGCCCGUGCCAUCCACCCACUCGUCGGCUCCCAGCCGGCGCGACAGCCUGCCCGGCCAGACUGUCCGAUUCGAGGCCAGCUCCCUGGACGAGGACGCGGCGCAGUCGACGCUGCCGUUUUUGGACACGCAGCCGGUGGCGCCGCGGCCGGCCGGCUGGCUCUCGGGACUCGGACUGUACCACAAGGGCGACACGGCAGGCGGCUACGGCGGCUACCUGGGCCUCAGCGUCCGAGGGCCGAUAUUCGGGUGAUCGGUCCGGGAAGCGAAUGACUGGGACGGUAUGAACGGUCGGCGGACUAGCAUGGACGGCAGAAUGUUUACAUUGAUGAUUUUCUUCAAAGGCUGCAGCAGCUUCAGAUCUGCUGUCAUGUCUGAAAUCGUCCCAAUAAUGUUUUGGCAUAUGCAGACGAUAUUGUGCUUUUGUCGCCUUCCAGGGCCGGACUAAAAAACUAAUUCACGAGCUAAAGCUAAUGUCACAAAAGCGAAUGUCAACAUUCGCCUUUGUGUGCAUGGUUUUUAAUCCUACGGAAUGUGCUGCUUCUGCACAUCUAUCCGCUUCUCAGGCUCCUA